AUGAGGGACUAUGACUGGUUCUUGAGAGUUGAGCCUGGUGCACAGUUUCCCCGCCCCAUCGGCUUCGAUGUCUUCCGUUUCAUGCGCGACAACGGCAUUGCGUACGGUUUCACGGAGUCGGCGUUCAACUACAGCAGCCUGGAGACUCUCUCGCCGCAGAUCAGAGCUUUCAUGGAGAACAACCCACACCUGCUUCACCAAGACGCCGAUCUCGGCUGGCUCCUGAACACCGCAACGAGGUCUGCAGCUGCGGAGGGCCUGCCCGAGACACACGGUGAGAACCUUGCCUUGGGCAUUGAGGCUGAGUACAAACAGAAGUGCAAUCGAAAGUGCUUGAGCAAGGAUCCGCCAACGGACUCGUUCGCAGAUGCAUUCUCCGCUUGGCUGAGCAACCUGUACCCCCCUUCCUUUGAGCUCGGAUCCACUGGUUUCCUCCGCGGUGAAACUGCGAGACCAACGCCGACACCUGCACCACUCCUGGCGGUGGACAACCGGGAUACGGUCCCAUUCGACGGGCACGAAUUGGCACAAGCUGCCAUGCUGGAGCAACAUGAGCUUUGGGACCAAAUGGCUGUUGACGUGACCAGGCACUCACUUUCGCCAGGGCUGAUAUCGGGGAACACAGUUGUGAAUGACCGGACGUUCCGGUUUUCGCUCAUGAUGGGAGAGGCCUUCGUGCUACAGGAAAGUGGCGCCGAGAAAUGA